CAACAACAUCGUAUAAACACGAACGGGAACUACGAAUGGAAGCGACGGACGGGCCGCUUCCGUAGUCAAUGGCAUGCGGUAGCUGCGGGGCAUCCUGACCUGAAGUGAUCUGACGGCGGUAGAAACUCUAUAUCUUCCUCCCCGCCAUGUGGACCGGAUACAGGUGAACUCCACUUCGCGCUUCAGUUUUAACCCUCUUCAAAACCUCAGUACUGUCGAGCUCUCCGAUUGUCAAGUUUCCUAAGUUUCAGUGUCGCCCCUUCCGCCUGUGUUCCUUCUCCUCACAGAAUCCCUAAACCCGAAAUCAUAAUGUCUCCAAACAUCUUCUGCCCAAUUGACGAUCCUCUGCCAAUUCCCAUCCGGGGCGACCACCCGGUCCCUCGGAAGGGGAUAUGCACGAGAACCGCGUCUGUUGACGAUCCACACCCAACAACACCGCUCGUCCAACAGCCGCCCGAUGACCCUCUGCAAACCAACAAGUUCUACGCCAACCUGUUCCUCGGUGCCCAAAGCAACUCCGCAUGGACGCACCCAUACUCCGUCUGCUGGGCCAAAGGAACAGGCAACGCGCGAAGCUGGGGCUUGAACAUCUCGCACAUUGAACGUGAGCAACUCGCGUUCGGCCCAGCAACUUCGACCGGCGCCGCGCAGUACUUUAUCAAUCCAAUUGGCAUUCAAAGCAUGCUACUCUCUGCUUCAGAGCUGAACUCUGCUACCAGCCUCACGACUGAUUCGCUCGAUGCAUUCAGCGUUAACGCGAACCUUGCGCCCUCAGCCGGCGCAGCGCCCAUCAUCACCUUCCCCCUCGUUCAGGGAAUGGGUUUUGUUACCGGCGUAUAUAAGCAGUGCACGCCUUUGAUCCAGUCGUCCGUUUUCUUCCGCGAACUCACGGCGGUGGGCACUAUUGAUAACGGUGCAACCACCAAAUACCGUGCCCUCCUCGAAGACGGCCGUGUCUGGCUGAUCUAUCUGACUCCCACAUCCGCUGCUGGCGGUGCGGAGCGUCUGGCCAAGACGAGCAACACAUGCAUCCAAGGCCGUCAAGGCUACGGCGGCACAAUCCAGGUCGCCAAACUGCCAGCUGGCGGCGACGAAGGGCUCUACGACCGCAGUGCUGGGGCGUAUCCUCUGUCUUGCAAAGUCUCCGCAAGUAACGAUGGGGCCAACGCGCAAUACUGCUUCAACUGGAAGAAAGCAGGGCUGCCGAAGCCGCUUUUGAUGUUCGCGCUUCCGCAUCACGUGCAAUCUUUUGAUGGAAGUACGGCUGGCAAGAUCAACGCGCUCCGUCUUUGGACUACUACCAAAGGCCAAGCGGCGGGGGUGACCGCGGACGAAUGGCGCCUGAACGAGACUCUUCCGCUUAACAUGGAAUUUGCGCCCUGGCGUCGCGAUAACCAGUCGAUAACGUCUAUUUCGAGCGCGGCCAUCUCCGCCGUCAACGCUGCCGCCAUCUCCGAGGUCGAGCAGGACGUCAUGGCUCAAUGCUGCCUGGACAGCAUGUACUUCAGCGGCAAGGGCUUAGCGAAGUUCGCAAUGAUGGUCUACACCCUGCACUUCCUCGCCCACAACACCGAUCUCGCCAAGAAGGGCCUCGACAAGCUGAAGGCUGCCUUCGCCGUCUUCGUCGAGAACCGCCAACGCAACCCACUAGCUUACGACUCCAGCUGGAAGGGCGUGAUUUCCACUGGCGGUCUUGGCGGCGAUCCGGGCGUCGACUUCGGAAACAGCUUCUACAACGACCACCAUUUCCACUACGGCUACUUCGUAUAUGCGGCGGCGGUCGUCGGUAAGAUCGAUCCGAGCUGGCUGAACCAGGGGAAGAACAAGACGUGGGUGAAUAUGCUAGUGAAGGACUUUGCGAAUCCAGUACACGACAAGAUGUUCCCGUUCUCGCGGGCCUUCGAUUGGUGGCAUGGACAUAGCUGGGCCAAAGGUCUCUUCGACUCCGCAGACGGCAAGGACGAAGAGUCCACCAGCGAGGAUGGCUUCGCCUCCUACGCCCUGAAAUUAUGGGCCAAGGCUAUCGGCGACACCUGCAUGGAAGCGCGCGCCAACCUGAUGCUUGCUAUCCAAGCGCGUACCUUCUCCACCUAUUUCCUCAUGGAGAAGUCGAACAAGGUGCAGCCCCCGCAGUUCAUCGGAAAUAAGGUGACCGGCAUCCUGUUCGAGAACAAGAUCGACCAUGCGACCUAUUUUGGCAUGAAUACCGAAUACAUCCAAGGAAUCCACAUGAUCCCCAUCAACCCGUCCUCCGCCCUGACACGCAACCCCACCUUCGUCCGCGAAGAAUGGGACACGUACUUCAGCAACGGGCGUGUCGAUAGCGUGGGUGGGGGAUGGAGGGGCAUCUUGUAUUCUAAUCUUGCGCUCAUUGAUCCGAAGGCGGCUUAUGGGUUCUUCUCUAAGCAAGGCUUUGACUGGGGCUGGUUGGAUGGAGGGGCGAGCCGAACAUGGUAUUUGGCGUACUGUGCUGCUAUGGGUGGGUGUUGAAGAGCCGAGCUUGUGAGGCGAGGUUUGUAAGGGGAAGAUUGGCCAGGUCUGUUAGUGCUGGGGGUCGAGAGAUGAAGUGGCAGUGAGUGGAAGAAAAGUCCAAUUGAAACGUUAUGAUAUGGGAUUCCUAAAAUAAGGGUGGCCGUGAGGAUGGCUCUCGCUAGAUCCCGGACCACGAACCCGAGAGCCGGCAUCGUAUCCAUGAAUUUUGGUCAAUUCACCACCUCGACACAGGCCC